CGUUGGAGCAUCUUUUUUUUCUAACCCCCCUCAGGGGCGAUCUUGCGGAGGUGCCGCCGGGGCUGCAGGAAGUAGCCACCCUGCCUCUGCUGCUAGAAGAAGAUUGGAAAAUUCAGUGAUUUGGACUAAGUGCCAACAAGGGAUUUUCUGUCGUUGGUUUUUGUGCUUGUGGCAUUCCUCAGAUUCUUUUCACGUCCACGCGUACUGUAAAAACUACAUUCAGGUUUUAAACAUGAAGCAAUUGAAAAGGAAAAGGAAAAGCAAUUUUAGCGUUCAAGAAACUCAGACACUUUUGAAAGAAAUUACCAAAAGGAAAGAAGUCAUUUUUUCUAAGCAGCUCAACACAACAAUUAACGUGAUGAAGCGAAUGGCUUGGGAGGAGAUUGCACAGUGUGUGAAUGCUGUAGGAGAAGGAGAACAGAGGACAGGGACGGAAGUGAAAAGAAGGUACCUGGACUGGCGUGCGCUUAUGAAGAGAAAGAGGAUGAAGGCAAACAUUAAGCUGGUUGGGUCAGGGUUUCCCCUUCCCAGCUCCGAUUUAGAUGACUCUCUUACUGAGGACAUCGAUGAAAAGAUUGCCUUCCGAAAUGAUGCAAAUUUUGACUGGCAAAAUGUGGCAGAUUUCAGAGAUGCUGGUGGAUCCUUAACAGAGGUCAAAGUGGAAGAGGAAGAGCGAGAUCCCCAGAGUCCUGAAUUUGAAAUUGAGGAGGAAGAGGAAAUGUUGUCUUCUGUCAUACCAGAGUCCAGGAGGGAAAAUGAACUUCCAGAUUUCCCCCACAUUGAUGAGUUUUUUACCCUGAACUCGACACCAUCUAGACCUGCAUAUGAUGAACCCCAUUUGCUUGUAAACAUAGAGAAACAGAAACUCGAACUGGAAAAACGACGACUGGAUAUUGAGGCUGAACGACUGCAGGUGGAAAAGGAACGCCUGCAGAUUGAAAAGGAGAGGCUGCGGCAUUUAGACAUGGAGCACGAGCGGCUUCAGCUGGAGAAGGAGCGGCUGCAGAUCGAAAGAGAGAAGCUGCGGUUACAGAUAGUCAAUUCGGAGAAGCCAUCUUUGGAAAGUGAACUUGGCCAAGGGGAAAAGUCCGUACUUCAACCACAGGACAUUGAAACAGAGAAAUUGAAACUUGAGCGAGAACGCUUGCAACUGGAAAAGGAUAGGCUGCAAUUUUUGAAGUUUGAAUCGGAGAAGCUGCAGAUUGAGAAGGAACGCUUACAAGUAGAGAAAGAGAGACUUCGGAUUCAGAAGGAGGGACAUUUACAGUGACCUCCUCAGCUCUCCUUUAGCAAAUAUUUCUAAACUAUAGGUUUUUCUCAUACCAAGAGAUAGAAAGAUGGUUACUGGAUUACCUGUUCUCUCCCCACCCCCUGUGUCUUAAUGUCAGUGUUUUCCAUAGGAAAAAGAUAAUUAUACAUGGGUAACUGUAUGCUUCUGUAGUGUGUUAUAUAUUUAAAAAAAAAAAAAAAAAAAAAAAACCUUUUGUGCCCCAGCAUAAACAGUAUAGCAGAAACUUACUGUGCUAGACUCUAAGUUAGGAAUAUUAUAGUAUUUGUGCACCCAGAGUUUACAA